UCAUGGCGCGCCACACAACAAAUUCGUGCAACAUAAAUAAGUUUCUAAACCAACAGUGAAACUCUUGUUUAGGAUAAAAUUAAAAGUAUUAAUUAUAGAAUAAUUACUACUGGAGUAGGAUAAUGGAUAAUGUCACAAAGGUUUUGACCUAAAAAUCCGGUGAUUAUCGAGACACUUGUGAUCGUCGAAGAAUCAGCCUGAUUUAGUGAUUUGGUGAUGGGAUGUCGAGUGACCGUGUUUGGUGUGGAAACAUCGGACCACCAAAAACUAAAUAAAUCACAUCAGAAUGACAGCAGAAGUGAAAGAGUUCGACCCUUCAAAGGAUGCUGUGUUGUUGGAAUCUUUACCUAAAGGCCUGUGCGACAAGCUGUUGCCGUUCCAGAAAGAGGGUAUUCUGUAUGCACUUCAAAGAAAUGGAAGGUGCCUGUUUGGAGAUGAAAUGGGACUCGGCAAAACCAUUCAAGCCAUCAGCGUUGCUUACUGCUACAAGUCUGAUUGGCCGUUGCUGAUUGUGGUCCCUUCCUCGAUGCGCUAUCCAUGGAUUGAAGAGCUGGAGAAAUGGCUGCCUGAGCUUCAACCAAAUGAUAUCAAUCUGAUCACUUCUGGGACUGACAUAAGAAACAUACCCAGCGCCAAGAUUUCCAUCAUCGGUUAUGGUUUAUUGCGCAUUGCCAGCAAGACCCUUGUUGGAGCCCUGACGGAGCAGAAGUUUCAAGUAGUCAUUGUGGAUGAGUCGCACUACCUGAAGAACAGACAAGCAGCUCGUACUAAGCUCCUGGUACCCCUUCUACACACUGCAAAGAGAGUCAUUCUGCUGACUGGGACACCAGCCUUAGCAAGACCUGCAGAGCUGUUUACGCAGAUUGACAGCGUGCAGAAGGGCAUUAUGGGUAGCUGGUCUCAGUUUGCGAAGCGCUACUGUGACGCUCAGUGGAAAAACUUUGGCAAGCAGAGAAGAUGGGACACAACAGGAGCAACUAAUCUGAGUGAACUGCACACACAACUGGUACAGAAAGUCAUGAUCAGAAGAGAAAAGAAAGAUGUUUUAAAGCAGCUACCGCCAAAACGACGACAAAAGGUGCCCUUUGAGUUGGCUGACUCUGCAGAAAAGAAGGAACUGGAAGAUUGUUGGGUACAACUUGAAAACGUCUUCAACCCCAAAGGAGACAUGGAGGAACUAAACAGCUCCGGUUUUGAAGUCAAGAGGCUGGCCUCUCAGAUGUACACACUUACAGGAAAAGCAAAGAUUGGUGCUGUUUGUGAGUACAUCAAGAUGCUGUUACAGAACGACAACAUGAAGUUCUUAGUCUUUGCUCAUCACAAGGAAGUAUUGACGGCCCUGGCUCAAACUGUUGCGGCUUAUACCAAGGAACAUCAAAAACAACUCAAAUAUAUCAGGAUUGACGGAGACGUACCAAGCUCAGAAAGAAUGCAUUUGGUGAAUCAGUUUCAGACUGACUGUAAUACCAGGGUUGCGUUACUGAGCAUCUUAGCAGCUGGCACGGGAUUAACUCUGACAGCGGCCAGCCAGGUCGUAUUUGCAGAACUACACUGGACGCCAGGUAUCCUACACCAGUGUGAGGAUCGAGCACAUCGCAUUGGUCAGUUAAAUGCUAUCCAUGUACACUAUCUGGUUGCCAAGGGAACCAUCGAUGAAUGGAUGUGGUCUGCAUUAUCAAAGAAGGUGAAUGUCUUGAGCAGUACCUUGAAUGGCCGACUGCAGCAUCUUAGAAUGGAUGAGAAAGAGAAGGAAGAGGUGGAGUUUCUUAAACAUGCUGCAGCCUGGUUGCCUAGCAACAGAGACUUAGAUGAAGAUGAUGCUUUCUAUUUUUCUCAAAAGGAGAACUGCAAAAGUCGAGACAUCCGUAGUUUCUUUACAGCGAAGGGUCAGAGUUCAAAGAAGAGAAAGCGCAAGAAUACCCCAGCUGAGACUCCCUGCAGUCCACAUGGGGAGAGACGCUUCAAGGAGGAGAUUCAGUCAACAUCAGUCAUCGUUGAUGAAGACGAGGACGACUUCAAAGCUAUUAAGAAGCAUCGUCCAUCAAAAGAUGUCCUCCACAAACGAUCCAUCAUCGGAAGAGAUGGAAAAGACUCAUCUCCAGAUGUUUCUAUAAAGAGCUGUCCAGACACGGUUUCUUUACCUGAGGAUUGUCGGCCAGGAGUAAGUGGUGAAGAUUGUCUUACACCAUCUUUUGAUUAUCUGGAUGAUCUUCCUGUCAUGAGAAGCAAUAAAAGACCUCGACGAGGAGUGACUUUUGAUGAUCAGCGAGACAAAGACAGUGGCUGUACUAAAAUAAAAACAGCCGGGAGUCCAAAAGUCAUCAAGUUGGUCAAAUAUAGCUCGUCCUUCGGCCAGCAAGAUAAUGAUUUAAUGACGGACAGUGAUCAGUCCUACAUUUCUACUAACUCUUCAACCAACAGGAACAGAAAUCAAUCGCCGUUAAACAUUUGCACUCAAGAACGUGGCAAAGAUCGAAAGAGCUACUCAGUCAUAUCUGUAAGCUUGUCUUCUGCAUUUGUUAAUGAAGAUGCAGAUGAAGAUGCUGGCUUGUUAGAUGAAUUCCCUUGGUUAGAAGAAGCUUCCCAUGCUGCUGAUGAAGCUUCUCAGGCUGCCGAUGAAGCUUCCCGAAGAGCCGAUGAAGCUUCCAUAGGAGCUGAUGAAGCUUUUUGGGCUGUUGACGAAGGUUUCCCAGGACCUGAUGAAGCUUCCCGUGCUGCCGAUGAAGGUUUCCCAGGACCUGAUGAAGCUUCCCGUGCUGCCGAUGAAGGUUUCCCAGGACCUGAUGAAGCUUCCCGUGCUGCCGAUGAAGGUUUCCCAGGACCUGAUGAAGCUUCCCGUGCUGCCGAUGAAGGUUUCCCAGGACCUGAUGAAGCUUCCCGUGCUGCCGAUGAAGGUUUCCCAGGACCUGAUGAAGCUUCCCGUGCUGCUGAUGAAGGUUUCCCAGGACCUGAUGAAGCUUCUGGAGUUGCUGAUGAUGCUACUAGGAGCUGGAGGACAUGGGGUUGUAAUGCCUGUACCUUUAGCAAUCAUAUUGACUUGCCAUUUUGUGAAAUAUGCAGUACACCAAGAAAGACCAAGAGAAGUCGACUGUCAGGGCAAGCUUCUCAGGGAACAAACAAAUCAUCUACUUGUCAGAACAAUGACAGUAAAACCAAGAAUAAUUCAACAUUUGCAGCCCAAAGACUCCAAACAUGUGAACCAGAUCAAAUCAAGAGUCCCAAAACACCAAACCGGAUGACUAAAACAACUGAACAACCCAAACUCACCUCAACAGUCAACGCUACAAAUAAUGAGGACCAACAAGUAAACGUUACUGACAAUGACUCGGUUCUUGCCAAAGAAAUAGAAGACGCUACUUGCAGCUAUCUUGCCAAUUUGACUGCACCAGAAAAUGCACUAGAGGAACCGUGGAGAUGUAACCAGGCAAGCUGUGGUUACGUCAAUACAAAUAAUGACAGUGAAUGUGAGACUUGUUGGAGUCCAAAACCAACUCAACCAUCUGACAAAUGCAGUCCUCCAGCCAUCAAGAGAGCGAAACAUUGGAUAUGUGCUGAUGCAAACUGUGGUCACUUUAAUACAAAUGACAAUGGUGAAUGUGAGGCAUGCUGGAGUCCGAAACCCAAAUCACCGAGAGUAUCAUUUACCGCCUUCAACGACGCUUCUCAGAGUGAUGAAUCUAAAUAUGUUAACGAUCCUCCUGAUGAUCUGGAAGACGUCAAACCAACAACUUCUAGUUUGAGUCUGAUGGACUCCGAGGUGGAAGACCCUGUGUUGUAUGACUCUUUCCUUUAUUGUCUCAGUAAACACACAGACAGGAUCUACCUCUACGAUCAGGAUGAAAGACCCCUAAAUUGUAGCUUCUUGCCAAUCGAUCUUCAACACCACGAUCUGGACGCUCUACCAUCCGUCCUUCAUUAUCAGCACAAUUUGCGUGUUGCUUUACGCUUUCUAAGGGAGUGGAAUAGUCUGAACGAGAUAAAGAAAAAACAGCUCAGGAAGAGUGGUGCAGUAAUGGAAAAUCCUCUGGCAGCUCUGGAAUCACUGAAACAAGCACAGCACUAUCAACCAUGCACUAAGAGGUCCCUUACUAAGAUUGACUUGGCAAUUGCGGCCAAGCAAAAGGCAGACUUAGUGGGUGGUAGUGUAAGAGUAAUUACCAAGCAUAGACACACGUCAAAAGGUAGACCGGCACCUCACUGCUCCGACCAAAGUUCAUCAUCAGACGGUGCUUCAUCAAACUCAGUAGCAGAGCAGUCAGACAAGAAUAUUUCUGCACUGAAGAGAGGAACAUGUGUCCAGGCUCUUGAUGAUGAAGGGCGCCCUCUAUGCGUGUUUUGUGGGAAGGUUACGUCAACGAGCACGGCUUUGGAGAAGCAUCAAGGAGCUGCAUGGGAUAUGCGUUACUGCUCAGAGACAUGUAAACACGAAUUCAAUUGUCGUAGGUCAAACAGCAAGUAUAUCCGUGACCAGUUACUGGAGGCCGAACAUGGAGUGUGCCAGCUCUGUGGAGUAAAAGCCCAAGAACUCUGCAACAAUAUCAAAGAUGCAGCAAAGAGUGAGAGGAAGAUACUAUUAGAGGAGAGUGUGAUGUCAAAACUAUCGACUUCAAGAUUGAAUGAAAUCAUUCGAAACCCAUCGUCAGGCCAGUUUUGGCAUGCCGAUCACAUCGUGGCCGUGUUCGAAGGAGGUGGUUUGUGUUCCCUGGAUAACUUCCGUACCCUGUGCGUCGUAUGUCAUGAUAAAGUGACGGCAGAGCAGAAUAUGAGAAGAAGAAAGCGACAGAGGACAGCCGGUAUUUUUGAUAUCCGUUCAUUCUUCAAGCCCUAAGGUUUCAUAUGGAAUAAUUUGCACAGCUGAAAACCAAAAUUUAAAACAAGCACAUUAUUUCGAAAAAAAUUAAUAAAUCAAAAUAUUUAUAUUGUAAAAAUGUGUGACAAAAAUGAUAACUGUUACAAUACUUCUCAAUUUUAAAACACAUUUUAAAAACCUUUUUAAUAUCUGAAGAGUUUCAACACAAAUCUAAAAAUUUCAGAUUUCUGUAGAUGUGUUUCUAAACUCGUUGGUAGACGUCGCUUUAAGGGUACAAAAAUGAACCGACGUCCCCUCUGUAAACUGACUUCUCUGAAUGUAUUAUCAUUCAGUAUUGCGACACUAUGUAAAUAAAAACGGGUUAUACCCUUAUGAGAAAUUUCAGGACAAUGGCAAGUAAUUGAGUGGGCGCAAUUGCACACUGUAUAACAUCAGUAUUUGGGGUUCUUUGUGAUUUAACAAUACCAGGAUCUGGGGGGAUCAAAUUGAGUUUAUAGCAGUCUACCUGCACCCACCGAUUAAUACAGAAAGUCGAAAAUAAAUUUACUAAUAGUCUAGACCAGAUUUCAAAAAAGUUAACAUGGGGGUGCUGAUUCCGAAAAUGAUGGAUACCAACGCUAAUUUUUACUCCUUUUGCCUGAAAAACACAUUUAAAUCAGCACAGAAAACCUAGCAGAGGACAGUUCUUUGCAUGCAAAAAUAGUCGGGUUCUGAUGUAGUUCCAUAUCGAAGUUACUUUAAAAAAAAAUCUGGUUUAGACAAAGGUUUGUCGAUUGCUGCAAUCAAUCCAAAUAUACAAUGAUGUAUUGGAGGUUCAGCAAAUAUUUUCAUGAACAUGAAAAGGGGCACGGCACGGCACGACACGACACAAACAUUUCUUUUGAAGGGUUUGUUGUCACAGUUUGGCUCAGUGAGCCAAGGAUAAUGAUCACCAAACGUUUUCUUUGAGUUAAUUGCAAAAACAAUCACAUUGAUCUUCACAGUCGGCGGUGGCCGAGAAUUAGGAGCACACUUGUCAGUACUAUACGUUCCUUAAGAGUUAGGUCAACUGCCUGAAAUGACAUCAACACAUUUAUGUAAAAAAACAAACCGGACCUCAAUAAAACUUGCACAACUUACAGUGAAUAUGCUACCUUAAAUGUCAUGGAUUUGUUUAUUAUUACGAGUUGUGAAAACUGAUCAAUGGGGAGACGACCUACAGACUCAACAAUAUAACACCGUUAUGGUACAUGCCAAACAAUGGGAGACUUUCUGGGACGAUAGAGGGCAGCAGACUUACCGGGUAAAUCCAUUGUUCUCAGAAUUAUG